GAACACCUGCUCGUUUCAGGGGACUUCAACAUACACUCAGACGUUUCUGAUGAUGCUGAUACUGUGAAAUUUCAUGAUCUGCUGGAAUCCCUUGGGCUUGAGCAACAUGUCACAAAGUCGACUCACAUACAUGGUCAUAUCCUUGAUCUUGUUAUUACACGUAAGACAGAAAACAUCAUUCCAUUUCCACCACGCAGCUGUAGUUAUUUCUCUGAUCAUAUAUCAGUUCACUUUGACAUUGCCAUAAAAAACCACCAUUACAGACUAAAUCAAUCAGCUAUAGAAAGAUCAAGGCUGUCGACAUUGACUGCUUCAAGCAUGAAUUGGCAAGCAGUGUUCUAUGCUAUAAUGAACCAAGAGAGCACUCUGUCCCUGAAGAUCUUGAUAGGCUUGUGA